AUGCAAUUACGCGAGGCAUUGAUCACUGCUAUCGUGUUAACUUCCACAGCUGAAGCUUGGUCUCCUUCAAAUGGGUAUGCUCCAGCAAAUGUGUCAUGUCCCGACGAUAUUAAUUUGGUUAGAAGAGCAGAUGGUAAAAUCUCUCCAAAUGAAUCUGAUUGGUUACAAAAGAGAAAUGCCAACACUGAAGUAUCCUUAAAGGAAUUCUUGGAAAGAGCUACCAAGAAUUUCUCAGAUACUUCUUUUAUGGACAAAUUAUUCCCAAGUUCUUCCUCAAGUAACUCAUCUUAUCAAUAUUUACCUAAGAUUGGUAUUGGUUGUUCUGGUGGUGGUUACCGUGCCAUGCUUGCAGGUGCAGGUAUGUUGUCUGGUUUUGACAAUAGAACAGAUGGUGCAUGGGAUCAUGGUCUAGGUGGUAUCUUACAAAGUGCCACUUAUUUGGCUGGUCUUUCCGGUGGUAAUUGGUUGGUCGGUACUUUAGCCGGUAACAAUUGGACUUCUGUGCAAGCCAUUGUCAAUAAUUUCUCCCAUGAUGAUUCUAUUUGGGAUAUCGAUCAUAGUAUUGUAUCUCCAGGUGGUUGGAACAUCUUGAAAACUGGUAACAGAUGGGAUGAUAUCUCUGAUGACGUUCACUCCAAGAAAGAUGCAGGUUUCAACAUCUCAUUCACUGAUGUUUGGGGUAGAGCUUUAGCUUACAAUUGGUUCCCAAGUUUGAAGAGAGGUGGUGUUGGUUUAACUUGGGACACUUUAAGAGAAUCAGACGUCUUUAUUAAUGCAGAAAUGCCAUUCCCAAUGUCUAUCUCUGAUGGUAGAUAUCCAGAUACCUCUGUUGUCAAUUUGAAUGCCACUUUAUUCGAAUUCAAUCCUUUCGAAUUAGGUUCUUGGGAUCCAACUUUGAAUUCUUUCACUGAUGUCAAAUAUUUAGGUUCUAACGUCGAUAAUGGUAAACCCGUAGAUCAAGGUAAAUGUGUUGGUGGGUAUGAUAAUACCGGGUUCAUGAUGGGAACUUCCUCAUCUUUAUUCAAUCAAUUCUUACUAAGAUUAAACACUACUAGUUUACCAAAAGUUAUUAAGAAGUUGUUGCAAGAUAUGUUGGAUGAUUUAGCUGAUAAAUCUGAUGAUAUUGCCAUUUAUCAACCAAAUCCAUUUAAAAACGUCGAUAACAGACCUUUCUCCAAUUAUUCAGAUGCCAUUGGUAAAUCUGAUAACUUGUAUUUGGUUGAUGGUGGUGAAGAUAAUGAAAAUAUUCCUUUAGUUCCUUUAUUACAAAAGGGUAGAGAUUUAGAUGUCAUCUUUGCCUUGGAUAAUUCUGCUGAUACUGAUGAAAACUAUCCAGAUGGUGCCUCUUUGGUUGCUACUUAUGAACGUCAAUUCGGUAAACAAGGUGCUAAUUUAUCUUUCCCAUACGUUCCUGAUGUAAACACUUUCGUUAACUUGGGUUUGAAUCAAAAACCAACUUUCUUUGGUUGUGAUGCCAAGAAUUUAACCAAAUUGGAUCAUAUCCCACCAUUAAUUGUUUACAUUCCAAACUCCAAGUAUAGUUACAAUAGUGGUACUUCUACUUUCAAAAUGUCUUAUGACAAAAACGAGCGUAUUAGUAUGAUUCAAAACGGGUUUGAAGUUGUCUCUCGUGGUAAUUUGACUAUCGAUUCUGAUUAUUUGGGCUGUGUAGCUUGUGCCAUCAUUAGACGUAAACAAGAAAGCUUGAACUUUACUUUACCAAGUGAAUGUACUAAAUGUUUCUCUAACUAUUGUUGGAAUGGUACUUUGAACAGUACUACUCCAAAUAACUUCAAAGAAGAAAGUGACUAUAGUUCUGCUGAAAUUGACUCUGCUGCCUCUGUUGCUGAUGCUUCUUUGGCUUCCACCUCUGAUUCUACCACCGCUUCUAGCUCUUCUACUUCUGCUUCUGCUUCCACUACUUCUUCAAAGGGUCACAAGGAUGACGCUAAAGAGAACUCCACUUCAUCAAAGAAUGCUGGUGUUGCCAAUAUGGAAUCUUUCUCUUCAAUGUCUACUAUUUUUAUUGCUGCCAUUUGUGCAGUUUUAGCAAGUGCUGGAUUAGUUUAA